AUGAAGUUCUGGAACAAUCUGGCCUGCGCUGGCCUUCUUGUUUCGGCCGCUGUUGCGUCAGACGAACUUACACCCGACGCCGUCGAGAGAGACAUUGAAGAAAAAAACCUCCAAAAUGUUCUCUGGAACCUGAACCACAUCGCAAACGACAACGGCGGCAACCGAGCCUUUGGCCUCCCUGGCUACAACGCUUCUAUCGAUUUCAUCCUUGAACGCGUACAGACGCGCUUCGGCAACGAGCUUGAUACCUACGUCCAGCCAUUCACUCACUUGUUUGAGAGCACCCGGAGCAUCUCUGUCAAGGGACCUGAAGGUGAAGACGUAUAUGUCAUUACUCUUCAAUACAACACCGCCACACCUCUUCCUGGCGGCAUCACUGCCGAGCUCAUCGACACGCCGGUUGACGAUGUAAGGGGAUCGGCCUGUUUUGCGGACCAGUGGGAAGGCAUCGACGCCUCAGGAAAGAUUGCUUUGGUGAGGCGAGGCAUCUGUGCCAUUGCCGACAAGCUCAAGCUGGCCAAGGCGCAUGGUGCGCUGGCAGUCAUCUUGUACAACAACCUCCCAGGCCAGCCCAUUGGAUCGGCUACACUGAGCGCCGACAACAUUGGACUGCUGGUUCCUGUUGGCGUCAUUACUCAGGAAGAGGGUACUGCAUGGAAAGCUCGUCUUGGAGCAGGCGAGACCCUAACCGCCACUCUCGUCGUGGAUUCCGUCAACGAGAUCCGAGACAGCUGGAACAUCAUUUCGGAGACCAAGGAGGGUGACCCAAACAACGUGAUUUUGCUUGGUGCUCAUCUGGAUUCUGUCCAAGCCGGUGCCGGUGUAAACGACGAUGGCAGCGGAACUGCUGGUCUUCUUGAGCUGGCCAGUUCUUUCCGGAGAUUCAAGGGCUUCAAAAACAAAGUCCGCUUUGCCUGGUGGGGUGCUGAAGAGAGCGGUCUGAUUGGCUCUCUGUACUAUGGUCAACAUCUGUCUGAAGAGGAGGCAGAUCGUAUCCGUUUCUACUUCAACUAUGACAUGAUUGGUUCCAAGCAGCCCAUCUACGCUGUGUACGCCGAUACCGAUGCCCACAAGACUGGCGGCUCCAUCCUCUUUGACUACCUUCAAUCCAAGGGCAAGCCUGUCGAAUAUGGCGGAUUCGGUUCAUCUUCUGACUAUGUUGCCUUCUUGGAGCUCGGCAUCCCCUCUUCUGGUCUCUUCACCGGCGCCGGUGCCCCAGAAGAUGCGUGCUACCACCAGGCCUGCGAUAACCUGGACAACAUCAACUGGGAGGCCAUCACGGUGAACACCAAGGCUGCCGGUCGUGCGGCGGCACAGCUUGCAUUGAGCUUGGACGGCAUUCCUCUUCGUGAAAAGUCUAGCCUCAACCCAAGCAGCAGACGGGCUGUCCAGAGACAGCUCAACCGGGCUGCACAGCUUACAAAGGUGAUUGAUAAGUCUCACAAAUGCGGAGGCUUGGGUAACAACACAGUUUAA